CCCAGUGCCUGGGAGGAGCCAGACUGAGCCUUAUAAAGGGACCAGUCUUUGUCCAGAUGCACAGCACACUCACCUUCUCCUCAGUGACACCUCGUCAGCUCCGCUUCCUUGAAAACCAAGAUGAGCCAUACUCCAGUUGAACAGUCCGUGAUGGACUUGAUCGUCCUGUUCCACAAAUACACCAAACCUGAUGACAAGAUUGACAAGCCGGGCCUGCUGAAGAUGCUGAAGGAGAAUUUCCCUAACUUCCUCACGGCUUGUGAAAAAAAGGGCAAAGAUUUCUUGGCCCAUAUCUUUGAGGACCAGGACAAGAAUAACGACAAGAAGAUCGACUUUUCUGAGUUUCUGUCGGUGUUGGGAGUCAUAGCCACAGACUACCACAAUCACAGCCAUGGAGCCCCACUCUGUGCUGGUGGAGGACACUGAGCCCAGCCCAGCCUGACACCUCCAAGAAACAAUAAAGUUUCUCUUUUGCCCUGA